AUGUCUAAUAACCAGCAAACAAAUGUCAUUGCAAAUAAUGUCCCAAUGAAUACCAACACAUGUUUACAACAUUUACCAACAACAAACAUGCUACCAUCCAUAAAGGAUCUAGUUUCGAAUAGUCAUCCUUCUCUUAACCAUCUACCACCACAUGAAUCUCAACACGAUGUGUUUUCCACUCAAAGAAUCAACUCAAUACCUAAUAUCCAUAGCAAUGGUUCAAUUGCAAACCCAUUUGUAGUAACAAGCAUGGACACAUUGAAACACACAUCACCUCCAGUUCUUCGACCUUCUCAAAUAUCACAUGUAAUUUACACAGCUCCAUCUUAUCAACAACCAAGUAAGAUGUUACAUCAACAUGUUGCAUCGCCAUCUAACAUCAUGGAGUUAAAACAAGAUGUAAUACUUUCCACUACUAAUUAUCAACGUGUAAACAUGAAGAAUGAAAUGCAGGACACAUCUAACAUGCACAUGUCCAAAUCUCAAUUUGAAAACAUUAAUCUGGAACAUAGAUGUGAGCAGCAAAUGCUAAUUAUUAAUCAAUUACAAAUGGAAAAUAAGCAAUUAAAGGAUGAAAUUGCGCAAUUUAAGAGGAAGAGAGAUGAAUGCAUUCGAGAAUCAACCCCAACUAAGAGAAAAACAUCUAAUUCUAAUGGAAAAACUCCAUCAUCAUCUUCUACACCCGCAUGCAUUACAUUUAGUUCAAUGGCAUUUGAUGAAUCAUCUAGUUCAGACCAUAGCGAGAUUGAUCCUUCUCAAAUGGUGGUCAAUUGGGGUUCGAAAACGUAUUACCUCGUGGGAGCAUUCAAAGCAAUCAGCUCCAGAACUCGCGUGUUGGUCAAUUUUGUUCCCAUGUUUGAAAAGGAGUUUCCAGAGAAGGAAUGUAAAUUAGUUCUAACUAGUGAGGAAUUCAAACGAUUGGCUAAGGAGAAUCCACAUCUAUUCAAGCAGAGCAAACAUACAUGGAGAGUUUCAUUGUUCAGCUCUGAUUUUUAUCAAUAUGUAAAAGCUAAAACUGGUCAUUAAUGUAAUUCCAAAUGUUAUAUCAAGUUGGUUUAAUAUAUGUAUGCAUUCUCAUCCAUCUCAUGCAUUUACUCUAGUUUAAAUAUCAUUAGAUAUUUCAUGCAUGCUAAUGCUCAAUGAAAUAUUCAGCAUGGCAGCCACAUUCUUGAUUGGAGUCUCAAAGUGAGGUCUCAACUGAUCAUGUGAUUGGAGUCCUGCAAAACGUCAUGCAAUAGUCACGAUAAUAAUACAAAACAUGGUUUGUGUAUUCAAUCAUCAUCAAUCAUGUGUUCAUAAUUUACAAUUUUGGAUUCAUGAUUUUCACGUCCGUUCAAUAAUUCUUAUAUAGAAAGAUCUAAUUGAAAUAUAAAUCCGAUAUGCACAUCCGUCCCACAUCAUCUCUGCAUGCAUCUUUGAUCAAAAUCUCAAUUAAAUAGUAUUCAUCA